AUGCUGCUGCUGCCCCCGCGGCCGCCCCACCCUCGCUCCUCCUCGCCGGAGGCCAUGGACCCGCCGUCCCCCAAGGCAGACAGCCCUCCCUCCACUCCUCCCGCGGUGGCGGCGCCCCUGCCGCCCACGCCCGCCCACCUGCUCAUCGACGCCAACGGGGUCCCCUACACGUACACGGCGCCGCCGGAGGAGCCGCCGCCGAGCCCGCCCCCCCGCGAGCCGUCUCCGGUGGAGCCCCCGCCCCGCAAGGGCUACAACUGCCCGGAGUGCGGCCGCGUCUUCGCCAGCCCGCUGCGGCUGCAGAGCCACCGCGUGUCGCACUCGGACCUCAAGCCCUUCACGUGCGCCGCCUGCGGCAAGGCCUUCAAGCGCUCCAGCCACCUGUCCCGGCACCGCGCCACGCACCGCGCCCGCGCCGGCCCGCCGCACACCUGCCCGCUCUGCCCGCGCCGCUUCCAGGACGCCGCGGAGCUGGCGCAGCACAUGAGCCUCCACUGA